AUGAGGCUCAUUUCCGCAGCCAUUUGUAUCGUGGUGCUCGUCGCCUUUACGGUGGACGCACACGCCAUUCCCGUAGAGGAGUCUAACCUUGAAGGAACAUUCGACAGGGCGGCCAAAUGUGCCGCUCAAGAUGCUGUUUAUGUGGGUGAGAUCCUGCGAGAAGUGGCCCAGACCCUAGCUGAGGACGAGGACAUUAAUUCUGAGAGCGAUGAGUACUUUUUGCGUGCUCUGUGGCAGAAGACAAAGGACGCUUUGAAAAACGCCACUGAAAAGGUGAAGGUAACCGUAAAAGGCGCCUACGGCGAUGCCAAAGACCACAUCACGAAAGCCGCUAAGGAUGCCAAGAAGAAGAUCCAAGACAAGGCUGCCGAGAUCAUGUCCAACUUGUUAACGAAAGUAACGAGUGGCUAUGCCAUGGAAGAUUCUGCCAAUGGUGGCAACUUUAUCAAGAUAUUUGUCGGUGUCGUCAUGCGAGCUGCCGAGCGAUUCAUGAAGAUGGGCAAGGCUUUGGAAAGCAUUCAGAACUGAUUAAAAUAAAUAAGCUU